AGUGAUGAUCUUCGGUAGUGGCGAUUUUCAGAUUUUUUGAUUACAUUUAGAUGAGCCCUUGUCACUCCCCAUCUAACGUAGCUUGGCACUGGGGUUUUACUGGGACACACAGAGGUACUGGAAACGUCAUGAGGAGGAGCUUCUUGAGAUUUUAUUUGGUCAGAUAACACAGGAGUUUGUGCAUCAUACACACCGUGUUUAUUCUUUAGUUAAAGACGAUUUCAGCUUGAACACCUUGCUUGGGUUUUGGGAUUCUGGGAAAACCAUUACUGGGAGCUGAUUUUUUUUUUUCUGAGCAUUGUAUGAAUUUCAUUGUCUAUAAUGGAUGAUCUGAAUGGAACUAUUGAUCCCGCAUGUCUAGCCGAUCCACCUCUGGCUAUGGAUGUUUUUCACCAGCUGGAUUUGUUUGGGAUUGCUCUAUACAGCAUCCUGACAUGCUUGGCUAGUGUAUCACUGUUGCUGUAUUUGGAGCAGUGUGUGUAUGUCUACAAAAAUGUAUCCCAUCCAAAGAACACCACCAUCAUAUGGGUCAGCGGUGCUGCACCAGUCAUUGCUACUAUGUCAUGUCUUGGAAUGUGGAUCCCAAAAAGCACUAUGAUCACAGACAUGACUUCUAACUCAUAUUUUGCAGUUGUGAUCUACAAGUGUCUGAUCCUAAUGCUGGAGGAGUGUGGCGGUGACGAGGCCUUUCUGAAGUACUCGGCCAAUAAGACGUUCAAGAUCAGCACGGGGCCGUGUUGCUGUUGCUGCCUCUGCCUCCCCCGAGUUCCCAUCACACGACGCAUGCUGUUUCUGCUAAAGCUGGGAUCGCUGCAGUAUGCCAUUAUGAAGACAGUUCUUUCUGUUUUCUCAGUUGUUUUGUGGACCAAUGGAAUCUUUAAUCCCUCUGAUCUGGAGAUAACAGGAGCUGUUAUCUGGAUUAACCCAUUCAUAGGAGUUCUGACCCUUACUUCCUUGUGGCCAGUAGGCAUCAUGUUCAUGUACAUAAAAAACUCACUAAGCACCGUCAAGUUCAUCCCCAAGUAUGCCAUGUAUCAGUUGGUCUUAAUCCUGAGUCAGUUGCAGUCAGCGAUUAUUAAUAUCCUGUCCCUUAAUGGAACAAUCGCCUGUUCGCCACCCUUCUCGUCUGCAGCCCGAGGAUCUAUGAUUAGUCAGCAGCUAAUGAUCGUGGAGAUGUUCGUCAUCACUGUCUUCACAUGGACGCUGUACAGACGUUCGUAUGACCCUGUCAAGCUGGAGUCCUGUGAGAGUGAAAAUAACAUCAAUGUUAAACUCAGCUUAAAACACAACUUGGAUGAGGAGCAUGUUGUCUGACGUGGAAAAAUAUAUUUAUAAUUCAGUGCCUUAUAUAGUAGUGUUUUUGAAUUUUGCUAUUUUAGAUAUCACUUGAUGUUUGGUAUAUAUAGUAUAUAUAUUUUUUAAAAACAGAGCAUGGAGAAGACCCCUGCUACUCACAUCACCUCCUUUUUUAGAACGAUUUUUAAAUAUUUUUUCCCCCUAGAUUUUCCCAUCUUGCUUCUGAGACAACUCCAUUAGAUCAAAGUUUUUUCAUUAAAUAUAUUUUAGAUUCAACAAAUUAUGCAACUAC